AUGAAGCUUCUCAAUAUUCUCAGCAUACCUCUUCUAGUUCAGAAAGUUCUAGCAGCCCCUGUGGCUAACCCAGCAGCCACCACUAUAACUAAUAUGGCUAGCAUGACUUCGGUGAUUGAAUCAACAAUCACAACGGUUGAACAAGGCUCGACCAAAACAUACGAGUCCUACUAUACCACAAUCAUCAUAACAGAGACAGUUAAUAUUCAAGGUACUACACACUACAUCACAAUGUAUGGGAGUGCACCUGCUACAACAACAACCUCUUCAACAAAAAGUUCCACUUCCACUUCUUCUUCCUAUUCCUCUCCUUCCUCAUCAUCUUCUCCUUCUAGAUCGACUAUAACUUUGACCUCAACUUCCAUGACAACUUCGAGCAGGUCCAGCAGCUCCGUUAGAACCAAUAUGGUAAGUGUGGCUUCCAGCACAAGUGAAGUAGUCGGUACGCUGACCAUAUCAUACGAUACUAUCACUUCCAUUCCUUCAUCAGCAACUCCAUAUAGUAUUAGCCAGUCCCAAAGCACAUGCUACUUCUAUUAUGAUUUUGAUGACGAUGAUUCAGAAGACGUUACUAGUACGACAACAAGCACGAUCUACGUGACGUAUACCCAAAAAUAA